AAAUAAUAAUAAGGUGACGCAGAGAAAAUACCGCAGUUUACAACAUAUAAUAUUAUUGACCAAAUGUGUACAAAAUAAUACUUUGAGUCACAUUCCAUACCAGCAGGUGGCGUUAAUGCAUGACGCAUAGGAAAACAUGCCAACCAUGUAAAACAAUCUACUGUUGUUGCUUUUAAUAAAAUGUUGCUGAGCUGCCCUGGAGACAGAAAAGGUUUGCUAUGGCUGCUGCUGACUCCUGCUCUAAUGAGCUGAUUAGAUGAGCUUGGGCUGUAUUUGUAUUGCCUCCACAAGGGGGAGCUGUGGCUUUUUAGAAUGAAUGUUUAAACGAAGAAGAGAGGGACUGUUGGACCCCGAGCUGUUUAUUGGGAAACAGUUUGAGCUAAAUAACUCUGACUUUUGAACAAGCCUUUGCUUAACGUGGUUUUACACCGCAGAACUCACUCGGAUCCGCCAUUUUGUCGUGGUUCCAGCGGACAGCGGGGGCUCAGCUGGUGGUGCUGCUCUUGUUCUUGGUGGAGCUCCUCCCGCUGCUCGGCUCACCUCCACAGGUCGCCUCUCAGGAUGAAUCUGGUCGAAAACAAAACUCUGCGCUCGCAGCUUCACGACGAGGAGGCGGUGGUGGUGGAGAACGCCGUCAGGCUGGCGAUAGACUCGGUGCUGAACGUGUUGUACGGGGUGAACAGCGCCAGGACGCGGGAGUACCAGCGGAUGGUGGCCGACAGGGACAAAGAGAUCCAGCGGCUGGAGGGCAGGCUCACGGAGAUCGAGCGCGAGCUGCAGGUGCUGCGCAGACAUGGCUGCACGUGCGGGUUGUUCGAGGCCGGGAGCCGGACCUCCGCUAACCGACAGACAGGGGAGCAGAUCCGGGCUGAAGCAGGGGGAGUGGGCCCUGAGGUGGCAGCAGGACCGCAGGACUGUGACCUGAGCCUUUCCUUGGGCGUUUAUCCUCGACCCUCGUCUCAUUUCCCUUCCCAGUACCACGAGUCGCUCCUCCCAUCACCGCCCAGCUACCUGGGCAUAACCUCCACCUGCACAUCCCGCUCCUCGGAGGCUUCAGGGGGCACAGAGGCCACCAGGAACCUGCCUACAUCUCCCAGCAGCCUCGUGGUGAAGGAGGAGCCCUGUGAUGUGGAUGCUGUCCUGAUAGAAUGGGAGCUGAGCGAGGAGAGAGCUGCAGAAUCUCAGGAGCAACCAGGAAGUCCGUGUCCGGACGAGCAGAGUCCUGAUCAUCAUCAUCAUUCACCAGUUCCUGCAGAUCAUGUGGAGAACAAUGAGGGUCAUAUGCUGAGGGAAAAAACUCCAGUAAAUCCUGCUGGUUUUCAAAGCUCUGCAGGAGAUCAACUGAGGAACAAAAAGAAGAAUGUUCCCACGUCGCAGCUGACGGAGGAGGCCCAGAGGCUGAAGCGGGCGGCGUGGAGAGCAGCUUCCAAAAGAUACUACGCCCGUAAAAUCGCCCGUCAGCAGGCGAGCCUCCAUGGCGGCGGCCAUGCAGCAAGCGCCCAGCGCGGCUAUUUGGUGGAGGAGCGGAGGAAACGGAUGAUCUCAGACCUGCCGGAGGAGUCCCAGAUGAUGCGCAGGGAGAUGUGGAGGGCCGCCUCCCGGAGGUACUACGACAGGAAAACGGCUCGCCACCCCACAGAGGGCCUGCAGUACGGACACCUGAUGGAGAACCUGAACCCUGCUGGAGCCACGCAGGGGCCCAACGGAGAGGGGCCCCUGGUUAUCACUGGAAUAAUGUGCAGCUGAUGAUCACAGUCGUGCUUUUACAAACGUUUUUAUUCAGAUUCCAGGGUUUAUUGGACGUAGGGAGACCAGGUUCAAGUAACUAAUCAAAUCUAAAGGGAAGGUUUAGUAAAAAAACACAAACUUUCCAGUCAAAUUGUUACAUUUUUGUGGGAAUAUCAUGAAAACUGGAAUGAAAAAGCAUCUAGAAUACGGCUAUAUCUAAAACUGACUGCAGCAGACUGACUGGUUCAACAAGCUCAUCUGUGUAAACUUUGUUUAACUCGUACAUCUGACAUCCAUCGAUUAUGAAGGAAAACAGGAUUCCAGGUUCUUCAAGAGGAAAAGGAAGAGAUUGCAAGAUUACCCACAAUUUACUCUGAUUUUUACUAAAUUUAAAGUUUAUCCAAGAACAUUGUAUUUGAUGAUGCGCUUCCUGAAUGAAUUAUUUUUUUCAUAAACUCGAUGUUUUAGCUGCAGGUUUCUUCUCGUUUCCUCUCCACCAUCGCCAUGUGAUUGAUAAUCCUGUCACAAUAAGCAAUUAAUCAGUUAAUCACAUGAUGAAUUUAAAUAAGCUAGGUGAUUACCUUUAUAAUGAUUCAUAUUUUCUGAAGGACAGUUUUAACAGAGACAUCAGAAUCCAUUUUAUUUGUGGUUUUGGUUGUAAGUUGUUUUUAUUUGCUUUUUUUAUGGUUUUUGGUUGUUUUAUUGUCUUCCAGUUCCAGUGUGGAGUGUUCUGUAACAAAUUUUAGUUUAUCAGUCUUUCCAUUAUCAGUAUAGUAGAUGAAAAUGGUCUCAAAACAACAACAUUAUCGUUCCUCUGGGAUGAUUUGUUCAGUAAAAUCUGUUACUGAUUGAACAGAGUUGCUCUUUCUAAAUGAUUGUUUGUGUAAAACGGCUUUCUGGUGUUUUGACUCAAUCCAAGUUGAAUAAUAAUAUCCAAACACAUAAAUUAGCUGCUUUUACAAAACUUCUAAUUUUGAGUGAUGUUAUUUGUAUUAUUUUUGAGAGAGACGAGAGAUGGAUAAUUGCUUUCAAAAAACAUAAAAGUUAACAUAACUGCAAUUAGCAGGUUUAUUUUUGCAGAUGACAUUUGAUUUACCGACAUGUUUUCUCCCGUAUUGAAGGAAAAAGAACCCGGGAAUCUGAACUAAAAUUAUAAUUUCAGUUUUUCUUUCCUGAAUUCAACAUUUCACUCAGAUCAUUGACGUCAUCGGCCUUCCCUGCUUCCGUUUUUACUUGUUGAACCCUGAGAUCUUCCACAUUCAUCCUGAUGUUGUACAUGUGCAGCGCCCCUGGAGUUCAGUAUGUGUUACUGCACCUGCCAGCGGCAGCGAAAUGAUUCCCGUUUUUAUGUUUCUAAAAAUGAUCAGCUGAGUUUCUACUAAAAUAAAUCUUUUCAUGUUUUGUACCUCUCUCUAUUUUCCACGUGUUAAAUAAUAAAUAUAUUUAAAUGCA